AUGCACUCCGCUUCCAGUAUGCUGGGAGUCGUGAAAAUGGAAGGACACGAGCACACGGAGUGGAGCAACUACUACGGCGAGCCGGAGGGCUACUCCUCCAUGAAUGCCGGCUUGGGCAUGAACAGCUACAUGGCCAUGCCCGCCAUGGGCAGCGCUGGCAACCUCUCGACUGUGGCGUCCGGCGGCUCCAUGGGCAUGUCUUACGCGGCCGGCCCGGCGAGCAUGAACCUGUCUCCCGGCGCGGGGGCCAUGGCCGGCAUGGCGGCCCACCUGAGUCCCAGCUUGAGCCCGCUGGGUGCCCAGGCGGGCUCCAUGGGGGGCGCGCUGGGCGCCUACUCUGCCCUGAGCCCGGUGGGGGCCGGCGGCGGCGGCGGGGGCGGCGGCUACGGGCCAGCGGCGGGCCUGGGCCGCGCCCGCGACGCCAAGAGCUACCGCCGGAGCUACACGCACGCCAAGCCGCCCUACUCGUACAUCUCCCUCAUCACCAUGGCCAUCCAGCAGUCUCCCAACAAGAUGCUGACGCUGAGCGAGAUCUACCAGUGGAUCAUGGACCUCUUUCCCUUCUACCGGCAGAACCAGCAGCGCUGGCAGAACUCCAUCCGCCACUCGCUCUCCUUCAACGACUGCUUCCUCAAGGUGCCGCGCUCGCCGGACAAGCCGGGCAAGGGCUCCUUCUGGACCCUGCACCCCGAUUCGGGCAACAUGUUCGAGAACGGCUGCUACCUGCGCCGCCAGAAGCGCUUCAAGUGCGAGAAACCGCCCGGCUCCAAGCAGCAGCAGCAGCAGCAGCAGCAACAGGGGGCCUCGCCGGCCUCGGGCCCCGGCAAGAAGGCGCUCCCGCAGGCGGAGCGCGAGGGGCCCAAUGGAGCCUCGGAAUCGCCGCGCUCCAACGCCUCGCCUUGCCGAGAGCACAAGCGCUCGCUGGCCGAGCUCAAGGGCCAGCCGGAGCCCGCCCCGUCGCCGGCCCAGCAGCAGCAGCACCUGCUGGCGCAGCAUCACGCCCACCCGGGCCUCUCCCACGAGGCCCACCUCAAGGCCGAGCACCACUACGCCUUCAACCACCCCUUCUCCAUCACUAACCUGAUGUCCUCCAGCGAGCAGCAGCAGCAGCAGCAGCAGCAGCACGCCCACCAUCCCCAUCCCCACCAUCAGCACUCCCACCACCCUCACCCUCCCCACCCCAAAAUGGACCUGAAGGCCUACGAGCAAGUGAUGCACUACGCUGGUUAUGGCUCGCCGGUGCCCGGCAGCUUGGCCAUGGGCUCUGUCACGAACAAAAGCGGCCUCGAGGCCUCGCCCUUGGCCGGAGACGCCUCCUAUUAUCAAGGGAUGUACUCCAGGCCCAUCAUGAACUCGUCCUAA